AUGGUGCAGUGGGGGAAAGCGAGCUCCAAAGAGGAAGACCUCCACCAGGUCUGGGACACGCUCAUCAUCCAGAAGCUGCGAGGUUAUAGGAAGCCGCAUGAGAGGAGCCACGCGGACAAUAAUGAAUACGACAAGCAGCUCACGGCGCAGUGGGCGACAGAGCUCAAGGGGAAGCUCGACGAGGACGGCGGCAUUGACGUGUCGGACGAAUGCACCGACAUUGCCAUGCCACAGAAGUGCGCUCUGGCAUGGGCGUCCGAGGCCAACGCCUUCGUCUGCAGCUAUGUGCUUAAGGACGUCGGGACCAAUCUCGGCCCGGACCCCUGUGACGAGUGCUGCGAGUGGGACUGGCAGGGUCCCGAGGACCUGUCCAAGGAGUACUACCAGGGCGCCGUGCCCAUCGUCGAGGAACAGAUUGCCAAAGCCGGGUGGAGACUGGGCCAGUGGAUCAACGCGUUGGCGGAGCAGCGAGUGAGCAUGAAGAGAGCCGGCGUGGUGUUCGUUGGCGACGGCAACCACUUGCAGGUGCAGCCGAAACUGGAGAUGUAG